AUGGUCAAUACCAUCUCAUUCGCCGCGCUUGUGUUUGCCACGACUGCCGCCGUGACUUCGGGAGCUUCCAUGCGAGCCGAGGCAGCUCCAAUGCCGGAUGGCUCAUGGCCCACUAGUCAGGGCAAUGAAUACCUCUCAGCGCCCUACACGGUCAAGAGAGGCGAGGUCUUCGAUGGAAAGAUGAAGACGUUCCAGCGGUCAAACGUCAAGUGCCGUGGACAGGCGGAGAGUGGAUGGCAAACUGCCGUGUUCGUUAUCCAGGCCGGCGGUACACUCAAGAACGUGAUCAUCGGUACGGAUCAAAUGGAGGGGGUGCACUGCGAGCAUGGUGAUUGCCUUGUCCAGAACGUGUGGUGGAAUGACGUGUGCGAGGAUGCGCUGAGCAUCAAGGGCGGCUCUGCAAGCAGCAUGACAAGAGUGGUUGGUGGCGGUGCACGCUCGGCCGCUGACAAAGUGGUGCAGCACAACGGAUACGGAUCCGUGUCCAUUGAGGGCUUCUACGUGCAGGACUUUGGAAAGCUCUUCCGCUCAUGCGGGACGUGUGGCGACAAGGGUGUCAGCAUCAGCAUCAAGAACGUAUUUGCCGUCAAUGGUCGCGUGAGUAUCCUGACAAAGAACAAGAGCGACCGUGCCACAAUUGAGAACAUCAAGAUCAAGGGCAAGAAGGUCGACGUGUGUUCUUGGUCGGAUGGAACGGGGGCUGGAGGUGAGCCGAGAAAGUCUGGUGUGGGCCCGUCGGGAAGUGGCUGCAGCUACUCACCUAAUACCAUCACCUAUGUGUGA